CUCGCCUUGUGGCGCGGAGCGAGACGGAGCGGACGAGCAGCCCGCGCCGCGACGGCGACCGCGCCGUGACACCUCGUGACGCCCCGUGACGCCGCCCGUGACGCAGGUGAGCCCUCCGCAGAGACGAAGAUGUCGAAGAAGAACGAGGAGCACAUCAAGCGACCGAUGAACGCCUUCAUGGUGUGGUCGCGCAUGCAGCGUCGUAAGAUAGCGCAGGACAACCCCAAGAUGCACAACUCGGAGAUCUCGAAGCGGCUCGGCUCCGAGUGGAAGCUGCUGACCGAGACCGAGAAGCGGCCCUUCAUCGACGAGGCCAAGCGGCUGCGCGCGCAGCACAUGGUCGACCAUCCGGACUACAAGUACCGACCGCGCCGCAAGCCCAAGACGCUGCAGAAGAACGGCUACGGCUUCCCGCUGCCGUACUUCCACGGCAACCCGAUUGACCCGCUGAAUCCGCUGCACCAGACGUUUAUUUCGGCGCCGCCGGGCGUCGUGAGCCCGUUCGACAUGGCGGACAAGUCGCGCGGUCUCUUCCCGUCGACGGUGCCGACGCACCCGUUCUACAACUCGUUCCAGGGCCUGGCCAGCUUCGACUCGGGGCAGAUGGGCAAGCUGGGCGAGACCAUGAGCGCCGCCUACUCGUCCCAGAUGUCGAAGCUGGCGUCGGAGCAGAUGAACGCGUACAGUGCGAUGCAGGCCAAGGUGUCGGCCGCGGACGGCUACGGCGGCCACCGCGGCUUCCCCGACGGCUACAAGCCGCCGGCGCCCGACGGCCAGUCCUUCUCCAGCUUCUACAGCUCGCUGUACGGCAAGCCGACGGCAUCAUCGGCUGGCCUGCUGCCGACCAGCGCGCCGCCGGCGACGACGACGAUGGCGGGCGCGCUGGCGUCCAGCGCGCUGCCCUCCCAGCUGUACCCCGGCUACCCGGCCAGCGUCGAUCACCUGCGGCGACCCGUCUCCGUCAUAUUCUAGAGGGGCGGCAGGCGCGCCGACGCCGGCGGCGGCGGACAC